AUGCUCGUUCCUACCGAUCGCCAGUAUCAUAACCUAGGGAUUUGCCCAGUAGCUGGGUGUCAAUCCUCCUUUGAAUCAACCGAAGAUCUAGGCUUGCACAUCGCUGCUAAUAUUCAUAAUAUUUUUGAAGAAGAACAUCAAACAUCUAAUGAUAUAGUACGUCUGCAUCUUAUAGAAACCGUUCGAUCUACGAUAACUAGUACAAUAAGUCAAACAACAAAACUUUUUGAAGAUCAGCUAACUCAACAUACUAGUUUUAAUCAAUCACCUAGUUGUCGCUACUUCUCAUAUGCUGUUUGGGCUCUCAGAAAACGCAAACACAAUAAUCCAUUGACGAAAAAAGUAAAAGACUACAUUGAGAAAAGAUGGAUUGAAUCACAAGAUAAUAAUACUAAGGCUUCUGUUGGUCAAAUUCAAAAUGAAAUUCGAACAUUGAGAUCCAACACAGGUAGCAACAUGUGCGAAAUGUGCGAAUAUCCAACCUUAAACCAAGUUAAAUAUCAAUGUCGAACACUAACUAAAAAGUACGAACUCCAUACUAGACAACAGCUCAUUGAAGAACUGGCUGAAGAUGGCAUUGAAACGAUAAAAUAA